AUGUCUACGGACGACGAGCCUCCCGCAUCCCCCCCAAGGUUUGGGCGCAUUCCGCAUCUCCAGGGAUUUCUCCCUCUGAGUCCGGAAGCUCCAAGUCCAAUGGCUACUCAUGGCCACGGAGCUUUGAACACCCUUAUAAGGACUCGGUCUAACACAUCUCUGCAUAACACGCCACGGGCGCCAUCCGCGGCCUGGGGGCGAGAUACGGACGAUGAGGAAGCGCUUCCUGUGGGGAGGCCGCGUAGGCUAUCUGGGGACGACGAAAUCGACGAGUUUAGGCACUGCGAUGAACGACGCCUCAGUGCCGUACUUAUGGGGCCUCAAAUGCGGAGCCAGAGACUCAUCGGAAAUAGCAACCCUCGUUAUCGGUGGGGGAGAUAUUGGAAAACUGAGGAGCAACUCAAGACCAUGCGGAAGCCAAUACGCGACUAUUAUCGGCGCACGAAUUCCUUGAUACAGCAGUACAUAUACAUCGAUCGUCUGUUGGAUUCCUCGCUUCCCCACGACCUACUGAAUGAAUACAACCACACCUCUAGUUCUGGGCCGAGUACCUAUAGAAACAGCGUCGAGGUUCCACCCACAAUAUCUGAAGAAACGCCCAGUCUUCCUAAUGGAGCAGGCAUCGUUCCAAAGAAGGUCAAGAGAACACCUCGAGAGCUAUACAGAGUUUCUGGUGAAACUACGCCCCUUCUGCAGGACGCGGAUGAUGACUAUGAUGGUCCGAAGCCUGAGAUCCCUGGAAUGGAGGACGACAGUGUUGAGAGCGGUGAUAGGAUUGUGCAGAUUGCGAUAUAUGUUAACCUGGCUGCAAACACGAUUCUUUUGGCUGGCAAAAUUGCUGUCAUCUUUCUCACCAACUCUCUCUCAGUUCUAGCAUCACUUGUUGACGCGGCCCUCGAUUUUCUCUCAACCGCCAUCGUCUGGACUACGACAAGGAUGAUAGAAAGGCACGAUAAGUACCAUUAUCCUAUUGGUAGGAGACGCCUGGAACCAGUAGGAGUUCUUGUGUUCUCCGUAAUCAUGGUCACCUCAUUUGCACAGGUUGCACUCGAGUGUUUGAGCCGUCUAAACUCUGAUGAUCAUACAAUCAUCGAGCUCGGCCUACCAUCGAUCAUUAUUAUGUCCAGCACUAUAUUGGUCAAAGCACUUUGUUGGCUGUGGUGCCGUCUCAUAAAGAACUCAAGUGUUCAAGCGCUUGCCCAAGAUGCCAUGACGGAUGUUGUCUUCAACAUCUUCAGUAUUAUCUGCCCUCUGAUCGGCUUUUACGCACAAAUAUGGUGGCUCGAUGCUCUCGGAGGUCUGCUCCUGUCACUUUUCGUCAUCAUCAAUUGGGCUGGUACUUCCGCCAGUCAUAUUCGCAACCUUACCGGCGCUGCAGCAACAGCUGACGAGCGUAACGUCCUUUUAUACCUGACGAUGCGUUUUGCCAAAACCAUCAAGCAGAUCCAAGGUCUCCAAGCCUAUCAUUCAGGCGACAAGCUCAAUGUGGAGGUAGACAUCGUCCUGGAUGAAAACAUGAGUUUGAGAGACAGUCAUGACCUGGGCGAGUCGUUGCAGUACGUCUUGGAAUCAGUUCCAACUGUCGACCGGGCGUUUGUGCACCAGGAUUAUGCAGGUUGGAACCUGCCUACUCACAUGCAGCAGCAGGGAGAUUGA